GGGCCUGCGACACCCUAGAGUGGCCUCAGUAAGAGGGUGGCAGGUGGGCCAGGCCAGAGCCUGGAGCCGGGGUCAGGAAGGGGUCAUAGGGAGGGAUGGAGGGGCCGAAAACCCUGGGCCCCUGCGGCCACUCCCACCCCCAAUGUCCCCCCACCCCGGCCUCAAGCAGCCACGGAGGAUGCCUGGAGCAGCCCUGCCAGGGAUUUGUAAGGUGGCCCUGCCUGAUGUCCCUCCCUUCGGCCCACUCCAUGGAGGCGGCCAGGCCCUUCCCAGCCCCUCCUGCAGGGGUCUCGGGGUCCCGGGUGGGAGGUGAGGUCCCCAGGAUCUUUCUCUCCAGCGAGGAGGGAGAGCCUCCCCAGCCCAGAGCCCUCCGGGAGCCCGUGGCCGGCCCGAGCCAUGCUGGUUCGGAGGCAGGCCUGGGGUGGGGCUGGCCCCUGCAGCAGGGCACGCCCAGACAAGGGGGGAUGCCCAGCUCAGAACCCAGGUCCUGUCCAUGCCCAUGUCCGCCGGGGGGAGGGGCCCCGCCCAGGGCGCCCCCCGACCCGCUGGGGUCAGCAGAACCGCCCUUCCUGCAGCUGCAGCAGGAGAACCACAGCCUGAAAAGGCAGAACCAGGACCUCCGGGAGCAGCUGGGGGCCCUGCUGGGACCCGGGCAGCAGUUUCUGCCCCUGUGCCCCGAACACUCCAGCUGCACGGCCCUAACCUGGAUAAGAGCGGGAGAGCGAGCAUCCGCGACCCCAGGCAUCGCCCGCCGGCCGGGCGCAGACAUCGGGACCCUCCCACAGCCGCCCGAGCCCUGCCCCGCGCGGCCCCCCGAGGACAGGGCCCCUCUUCAGCUGCUGAGACAGGAGGUGUGCCGGGGGGAGGAGGCCUUCGUGCAGCAGUCGCAGAACGAGCUGCAGCAGAUCCGCCUGUCCUUUGAAAGGAAGAAGAUGGCCAUCACCGAGGUGUGGGACGGCGUGGCGGAGGUGCACAUGGCCCUCAACAACCAGGCCACCGGGCUCCUGAACCUCAAGAAGGACAUUCGAGGUGUGCUGGACCAGAUGGAAGGCAUCCAGUUGGAGAUCCUAGGAGAGCGGGCCCAGUGCCGCACCCAGGCCAGGAAGGAACAGACCCUGGCGUGCGUGGCGAGAGGGAGGCCUUCGCUGCCAUGCUCCGAGGGCCUCAAGGGCCAGAUCUGGCUGCUGGCCCUGAGGCUGCUGCUGGGCGCCCUGCUGGCCUGCACCGCCGCCUACGUGUACGUGGUGGACCCCGCGCCCUUCGAGGGGCUGGUACCGCCCCUGCUGAGCCGCGCCGCCGUCUGGAAGCUCCGGGCCCUGCUGGGCCCCUUCCUGCGCCUCGAGGUGGACGACUUCCUGCCCUUCUAGGCCGGAGGCCCAGCGGCCCCAGCGAGGAGGAGGCCAGGCGGCCGGCGCGGCCCCCGGUGCCCAAUGGCCGCGCGGGUCCCUGCCCACAGCACCGGCGCUGCGCACCGCCCCCGCCAGGAGCCUCGGAGAAGGGUGGAGGCGGGUUCUGUCCUGAGGGCUGGGCCUGCGGCUGGACAUAGAGUCGUGACAAGCAA